CUUGUUGGUCACGUGAUCGCGGAUGGCUACACUAAACUUGCUAGUUUACUUCCUCCUACCGAGAGAUCAUGUUGGUGGGACUGCGCCAGUGUCCCAGGCGAAACGACGAUAUUGGCAUAAAAUGUUCCAAAACAACAAUAUCGAGAGCUGCCAACGGAGUAACAAUGCACGCCAAGGAAACGUGAAUGAUUAGCCCAGAGGACAGUGCAGCUCUCACCUGGACACACCUGGAUUCCUUUUAAAGAUGUCAGGAGGGAAACUGCUGAGCAAGGUGCGCUCUGCCUUCAGGAGAGAGCGGGGCGACAUGAGUGACACGGCUCCCUUUGACUUCUCCGACGAGUUAGUGGAGGAUGAAACGCCCAAAUUCAACAAGCUGAAGGUGGUGGUCUCCGGUGAGAUGUCGGAUUACGCUGCAGGGCCCGCGUCCGGCGGUUUGGCGGUGAGCACCGUGGUGGUGGCGGCCGGACAUCGGCAUGACGAUGACGACGACUCCCUGCUGGACUCUUCCUCCAGCUUAGGCAGCCCCGGUUUGAACAUGGACUCAUGUGACAGCUGCACUAAGAAGAGGGAGAACAUCAAGCAGAGAAGAGUGAUGAAGAGGCUGGCCAUUGCGGCUGUGCUCUAUUUUCUCUUCAUGGUGGCUGAAAUUAUAGGUGGCUAUGUGUCAAACAGCUUAGCCAUUAUGACUGAUGCUGUGCACAUGCUAGCAGAUGUGGUGGGCAUCCUGUUCUCUCUGCUGGCUUUGUGGCUCUCAACCAAACCGCCCACCAAGCGAUUCACCUUUGGACUGCAUCGCCUUGAGGUGGUAUCAGCGGUCCUCAGUGUGGCACUCAUCUACAUCCUGACGACCGUAUUGCUCUUUGAGGCGGUCGAGAGAACGGUACACCAAGACUUCAAUAUUGACGGCGACGUUAUGCUCAUCACGGCGGCUGUGGGUGUGGCUGUCAACCUCAUAAUGGGCUUCUUAUUAAACCAAGGUGGUCACCUUCACGGUCACAGCCACGGUCACUCCCAUGGCCCAGCAGUUGUGUCGCGGUCCGCAGGGUCCGGACAGAACCAAAGGCCACACGGUAGCCUGGCUGUCCGAGCCGCAUUCAUCCACGCUUUGGGCGACCUCUUCCAGAGUGUUGGUGUUCUCAUAGCGGCCUAUGUUGUCCGCUUCAAGCCUGAGUACAAGCUGGCAGACCCCAUCUGUACAUAUAUCUUCUCUGUGCUGGUUCUCCUCACCACAGUGCGCAUCUUACGCGACACAACAAUCAUAGUGCUGGAGGGCGUUCCCAGACAUCUAGAUACUGUGCAGAUUAAAGAGGAUCUUCUGAAGCUGGAGGACGUCCAGUCUGUGGAUGAGUUGAAUGUUUGGGCGCUGACUACUGAUAAGACUUCAGCACUUGUUCAUCUUCAACUAUUGCCCUCAAGUGCCAGCAACUGGGAAGACGUCCAAGCAAAGGCACGCCACCUACUUCUUCACACGUACGGCGUGACCAGAUGCACAGUGCAGGUCCAAACACACAGACAGACCCCAGUGCGCACCUGCUCACAAUGUCAGCAGUCUAGCGCUUAAAGACACUCUCCUUCUGUACAUUCACUUCCUCUUUAUACAUUGCCAUAGAGCUAGAUGGCGUUGGGGAGUCAAAAAGGGGCUGUUGCACCUCUCUCACAGUUCACUUGCAGGGUGCUAAAAGUAACCUCAAGAGCCAAUUAAUAGCAGUAACGUCGUGUAAGGAUUACUGUAACCUUUGCAGACUAAAUUCACGGCUACACUGCAAUCUUCUAAGGAAUGUGAAAACAUUCUCUUAAUUCACCAUUAAGGCCUAUUCUAUUUGUAUUUUACACUUUUUUUAUGAUGCCUCAUUAUAUGCAACUUUUAUUUUUUGUGUUUGUUGCUUUUAGUAGUUUUUACCAGGAAUGUAACACUGACUGAGUCACUCUAAUGCACUUCUGUUUUUAGCCUCUAACCAAAGUCACUUUUCUAGCUGUCAAUCUGUAAAAGUAGAUUUGAUGAGACUAACCCACACGAUACUUUUAAAUGAUUUAUGCUAAAAACGUAUGAUACUGACUCAAGAGUUGAGACUGGUACCAUUCUGCAUGGCACCCAACUGGCCUUUUGUUUUUCAGCAGCCUCACAUUAUCAGUUCAUGUUUUAAAUAAGAAAAUAGUCAUGUUUUUGUUGCCGCAUCUUGAUCAUCAACAUCUGGACAGAUGUUUAAGAGCGUAUCAAAACGCCUCCCACAGCAAUGCCAGAAUGAUGACAGGAUUCAUGGCUACAGUAUUAAGGCUGCUGCACCUCAGUGAUGACUGACAGUAUUGUACUGCAGUAUUUCCACAUUUGCAAAUUAUGCUGUUAUGACACUUUUGAUGAGAGUUGUAUUGAUUAUAUAAAUCUAAAUUACUGAAUUUGUUUGUAAUAAAAUAUUUUAUUUUUUGUUUCA